AGUCAUUUCAGGAGCCACUUCCACAGUGUCAGCCUGCACUCCGGAGCCUCUGUCCAGGACUGGCCCUCAACAAUCAUGGACUGUUUUUCUUUGCUCUGUUUUCUGUCAGUGAGUAACUUUUCUUGAUAUUUGUUUCCUCGCUUACUCUGCCCUAGCUCUGCAGUAACUGGCAUCACCCAGGGUCACCCCAGCUGGCAUUACCCAGGGUCACCCCAGAUGGCAUCACCCAGGGUCACCCCACAGCUGGCAUCACCCAGGGUCACCCCACAGCUGGCAUCACCCAGGGUCACCCCAGCUGGCAUCACCCAGGGUCACCCCAGAUGGCAUCACCCAGGGUCACCCCAGCUGGCAUCACCCAGGGUCACCCCACAGCUGGCAUCACCUAGGGUUACCUCCCAGCUGGCAUCACCCAGGGUCACCCCACAGCUGGCAUCACCUAGGGUUACCUCCCAGCUAGCAUCACCCACCAGUUGGCAUGGCCCAGGUUUACCCCCCAGCUGGCAUCACCCAGGGUCCCCCCAGCUGGCAUCACCCAGGGUCCCCCAGCUGACAUCAUUCAGGUUCCCCGGUUGGCAUCUCCCAGGGUCCCCAGUGUUAUGGACUCUUCAUUUCUGGAUACUGUUGAUGGGUGCCGGUGGUAGGAUCUGUGUGUGUGCUAGUGGCAAGAUGUAUAUGGGUGAGGGUGGCAAGCUCUGUGUGGGUGUUGGUGGUAGGAUGUAUAUGGGUGAGGGUGGCAGGAUGACUGUGGGUGAGGAUUGCCAAGCUAUAUCGGGUCUCUGUGUGGGUGUUGGUGGCAGGAUGUAUAUGGGAGAGUGUGGCAGGCUCUGUGUGGGUGGCAAGAUGUAUAUGGAUGAGGGUGGCAGGCUCUGUGUGGGUGCCAGUGGCAGGAUGUAUUUGGGUGAGGGUGGCAGGUACUGUGUGCGUGCCAGUGGCAGGAUGUAUAUGGGUGACGGUGGCAGGCACUGUGUGGGUGCCAGUGGCAGGAUGUAUAUGGGUGAGGGUGGCAGGCACUGUGUGGGUGCCAGUGGCAGGAUGUAUAUGGAUGAGGGUGGCAGGCUCUGUGUGGGUGCCAGUGGCAGGAUGUAUAUGGCCAAGGGUGGCAGGAUGUAUGUGGGUGAGGGUGGCUGGGUCUCUGUGUGGGUGCCAGUGGCAGGAUGUAUGUGGGUGAGGGUGGCUGGGUCUCUGUGUGGGUGCCAGUGACAGGAUGCAUAUGGGAGAGGGUGGCAGGCUCUGUGUGGGUGCCAGUGGCAGGAUGUAUAUGGCCAAGGGUGGCAGGAUGUAUGUGGGUGAGGGUGGCUGGGUCUCUGUGUAGGUGCCAGUGGCAGGAUGCAUAUGGGAGAGGGUGGCAGGCUCUGUGUGGGUGCCAGUGUUAGGAUGUAUAUGGGUUCUCCAUCCCUGAUUAUAACUCCACUGACUGUUAGUUUAAGAUCAGCUUUAGGAAAGCCUGUCAGCAAGUCUCUGCAUAUAUCUCCCAGAGGCUUGGUUAUUACCUUGGGAGGCAGGUUGCGGGCUGUGUUUAUUGCCCUGGGAGGCAGGUUGCGGGCUGUGUUUAUUGCCCUGGGAGGCAGGUUGCGGGCUGUGUUUAUUGCCCUGGGAGGCAGGUUGCAGGCUGUGUUUAUUGCCCUGGGAGGCAGGUUGCAGGCUGUGUUUAUUGCCCUGGGAGGCAGGUUGCGGGCUGUGUUUAUUGCUCUGGGAGGCAGGUUGCGGGCUGUGUUUAUUGCCCUGGGAGGCAGGUUGCGGGCUGUGUUUAUUGCUCUGGGAGGCAGGUUAUCCUGUUGAUCCUGGGUCCAGCUGGUUACCACUGGCAGACAGAUGCAUAGUUACCUAUAAUCCUUUCUGUUUGAAUAAUCCAUGAAGAGUUUUAUUAACUGAAAUGCAGUGCAAUCCCUGGUUUAUCAGCAUAUUGCACAGGCAGUGACAAUGCAGUGCUGUUUUCAAGCAUAAUAGUUCCAGUGCUUGGCAGUCACUGGGAGUGUAGUUUGCUGGUAUCACUGGCUGGCAAAGUAAGAUUGCUUUGCACUGUGCACACUCCCUGUGCAGGUUAGCAGUGGCUGGGCUGGCAGUGAGGAGGCAGUGGCUGGGCCGAUGGGUUUGAAGUAAGGUAGCAGUUGCUGGGCUGGCUGGCAGUGAGGUAGUAGUGGGUGGCAGGCUAGCAGUAAGCAGUACAUGGUCCUAGGGCUAGGAGAUAAUUGAACAGAUAGUCCCAGAGACAGGCAGAUUAACAGGAUGGAGACUCUCUGAUAAUAAGCUAUUAGCACCUCCGGGAGUGGCUGCAUUGUACCUCUGUCACUCACUGAUUGUCUGUAUUGUCUUCUACCCUGCAGAGACACCAUGAUUGCUGGUAACCCAAUGCUGAUGGUCCUUUUACUAUGCCAUGUCCUGCUGGGAGGCGCUGAGCAUGCCAGCUUGAUCCCGGGCACCGGGAGGAAGAAAGUGGCGCAGAGCGAGAGCCAGGCAGGGGGGAGUCACUCCGGGCAGAGCUCUGGGCACGGCAAUGAACUCCUGCGGGACUUUGAGGCCACUCUUCUACAAAUGUUUGGGCUCCGCAAGCGGCCACAGCCGAGCCAUGAAGUACCAGUCCCUGAAUACAUGCUGGACCUUUACCGGCUGCAGUCUGCAGAGCGGGAGGAAGAUCUGCGGGGGAUCAGUCUGGAGUACCCAGAAAGACCCACCAGCCGGGCCAACACCGUGAGAAGCUUCCAUCACGAGGGUAAGUGCCAGCUCCUACUUAAAAUGUACACCCCAACCUCUACAUCCAACUCCUCAAAAAAUGCACCCCAACCUCUGCAUCGAACUCCCCAAAACAUGCACCCUGACCUCUACACCUAGCUCUCCAAAAACAUGUACCCCGGCCUCUACACCCAGUUCCCAACAAUAUGCUUCCAAAAAUAUACACUCGACCUCUUCACCUAGCUCCCAAAAAUAUAUGCUCCAACUUCUAUGCCCAGCUCCCCAAAAUAUAAACUCAACUUAACACCCUAUCAUUCACAUUGAGCUCUGUCCAAUACACUUGGCUUCCUAGCACUCGUGACGUAGGUCCUCAAUAGAUACACUACGCUCCUCAAUACUCAGGACAGACAGAGCUCCCUCACAUUUAAAUUUUUCCAAGGAUGAAUUGUCCCAUUUCCCCAGGUCAACCUCAGAGUGAAAAGUUGUCAAUUUUCACCUUUCACAUCUACUGUCUUACAGAGGUCCCCCAACAUCUUACAGUCAUAAUGGGGGCUCACAGAAUACAAUAAUCCUUACACCCCCUAACCUAUAUAGGGGGUACAUAACAGUGAAACUAAUGCCACUUAGUGGGUCUUGAAAACCAUAAUAAACCAGGUGCUCUACACUUUUCAUACCCCAAGAUGGCAUUGUUUGUGACAAAUGACUGUCCAGGUUUAUUGGGAAUAGAAUACAGAAAUCCUGGACUGUAGCUUGGCCGUGAAGACUGCUCUGGGAAGCAAUGUUCUAAUACAUGCCAUUCCGUAUCUUACCUGAUUCAUGAGACCGUACAUCGUGUUAGGGUGAUGCUCGGGUUCAUGUAGUUUAAAUGGCAGUAACGAGAUGUACGUGUUCCAGUCAUUCCUGCUUGGGAAUAUAACUCCCAUUCAUCUCAGGCAGAGCAUAUAUGUGGUUAGGCUCCAGACUGUAUGGAUGCUUAUUACAAAUCAGAUGUCACCAUCCAUGCUUCAUGACAUUCUAAGAGGCAGAUUACAUCACGGAUAGAAUGAUUUGUAAGAUUGUUCAGCCAUCCGCCUUCAUACAAUGUACUGUCACCUACAUAGUCCGUGUCUAAACCCCCCAUGCCAGCCCCCUUUACUCUCUGUAUCACCCUCUCACAUUGUGCAUUCAUUGAAUUCUCAGGAUAUUCCAUAACCCUUUAUAAUGACUGUGAACUCUCCCGAGACAUUCUUUAAUCUCAAUUACUAACGCCAUUAUCAGGAUUUGCACUGGUUGUGUUAGACAGGACCUGCAACUUUCUAAUAAGGCUAACUGCAUUGUGUGUGUGUGUGUGUGUGUGUGUGUGUGUGUGUGUACACAAAGCAAGAACUUUACAUUUACAAUACAAAAGCUAAUUGGUUUCCUGAUGACACUAAUGCUGUAAAUGCUGUUUAGCCUCCAGAUCUUGAAUUGCUUUAGAAGGGUGUUCACCUCUAGAUGCAAAUGGUUGUUUUAAGUCUGUAAAAGUCAAUAUUAACCUCUUAGAUUUAUGGCCAGAGCUUAGCAGUGCAGAGCUCGUGUAGAACGGACAGCAAUGCUGUGUAAGGCACCCCAGACAUGCCUUUAAUGUGUUAAAAAUCUCAGACCUGCUUCCUCUCCAUGGAAAUAAAAACAGCCAACGUUAAACCCACAGACAUGGUUGUUGGUAUUGUUGUAUCUGUACACUAUGGGGGUGAAUAUCAUUUUCUAGAUAUUUAGUAACCUUUUUGUUUGGUGAAGGCAGUUUAAGAUUGUUACACCGUAUGGGGUUUCUUUAUUAAACAGCGAAUUGUAAUGUGACUGAAGCGGGGUUGGAGAUUUUUUUUUUCAAAUUGCUUAUUUUGGCCACAAUUUCUCAAUUUCAGUGUUUGUUGGCAUUGUUUCCCUUUUUAAGAAACUUGUGUUGAUACACCCCAACCCAGUGAGAUAGAGCAUCUGCUGUAACGAGGAUUUGCCAUGAUUUGCUGCCUGUUUUAAUAAGUGUUGAUUUGCCUUGUACGAGAUUAAUAGAGAAAUGACCUAGCAGUGUCCCUUUCAAUGUCUUCUUUUCCUCCUCUUGAAAUGUUGUGGAAAUCAAAUCCCACCUCAGCUUCCAGAAUGCGGUGUCUGCGAGAGAUGGGUGAGCGCACAGUGUGUAAUGGGUUUAGCGUGCUGUUCCAUUUUUUGUUUGUUUUUUUUUUUCUCUGGAACACAAAUGAAAUUUAUAUAGGUUUAUUGUGAACUUUGUAUGGACUGUUUUAUGAGUUUCCCCUUGAUCAAAGGAAAAGGGCUAGCUUUUUUUUAUUUUCCACUAAUUUUAAUAUUUAAAGAACACUUGGUGUAUGUAAAGUUACAGCUGUGUGUUUGUAAAGGUUUGUUCAAUAGAGCCCUGUAAUCUGAUCCAAAAGUUUCCUCGCGGAUGUUGCUUUUCCAAAGUAAAUCUGAGUUAUUAAUCCACAGCAUCAUUAUUGAACUGGAUUUUUUUUUCUUCGCUCUGUAACAUGAUCAAGAAGGCAUGGCUGUAUGUUUUUCAAAUGGCUACAUAUCCUAAGCAAUACAUUUCUAAAAAGAAAAUUGUGUGUGAGCCCUUCUGCUGCUCUUAUACCGCUGCCAAGCUGAGGUUGAAAUUAUCGGGUAGGCUUCUCAGAAGUCUAAACAUUAGACCAUUCCAGAGCACAGUCACUGCCCUAAAGUCUAUGUCUGUUUCAUUUGUGAAGAUACAUUGAGAUAUAGAUGGUUCAAGCUCAUAACACAUAUUGACAUUUAUUCUUUCUCCCCUUUUUUGUUAUAGAAAUUUUGGAGAAGAUAACAGGGACGGCAGAAAAUGCAAGUGUCCGAUUUUAUUUCAACCUCAGCAGCAUUCCUGAAAAUGAAGUGAUUUCAUCUGCUGAGCUGAGACUGUAUAGGGAGCAGAUCGAACAUAGUCUACCGUGGGAAGAAGGCUUCCACCGGAUAAAUGUAUAUGAAGUCAUGAAACCUCAUGCAGUAAAUGGACAAAUGGUUACUAGGCUGUUGGACACACGGCUAAUCCAUCAUAAUGAGACACAGUGGGAAAGUUUUGAUGUGAGCCCUGCCAUCAUGAGAUGGACCCAUGAUAAGCAGAUAAACCAUGGGCUUGCAAUUGAGGUGAUUCACCUCAACUACACAAAAACUUAUCAGGGGAAACAUGUCCGGAUUAGCCGAUCAUUAUUACCUCACGAGGAUGCAGACUGGUUACAGAUCAGGCCACUUUUAAUCACUUUUAGCCAUGACGGCAGGGGACAUGCACUGACCAGGAGGUCAAAAAGAAGUCCAAAACCACAGCGAGUCCGGAAAAGAAACAAAAAUUGCCGGAGACAUUCUCUCUAUGUGGAUUUCAGUGACGUUGGCUGGAAUGAUUGGAUAGUGGCUCCACCUGGGUACCAGGCUUUUUACUGCCACGGGGAUUGUCCAUUUCCAUUGGCUGACCACCUGAACUCAACCAAUCACGCUAUUGUACAAACGUUGGUCAACUCUGUAAACUCUAGCAUUCCCAAAGCAUGCUGCGUUCCCACAGAACUCAGCGCCAUUUCUAUGCUAUAUUUGGAUGAAUAUGACAAAGUAGUUCUUAAAAACUAUCAGGAGAUGGUGGUAGAGGGAUGUGGAUGCCGUUAAAUCGGAAAAUGAAACUUAAAUCCAUUUGCUUGCUGUGGGCGGGACUUCCUUCAACUGAACAUUCACCUUGACCUUAUUUAUGACUUUUAUGUGAAACUGUUUUGACAAUAUGAUCAUAUAUUUUGACAAAAUAUAUUUAUAACUACAUAUUAAAAAGAAAACAAAAUAAAAUAAUUCAUUAUUUUAAACAUAAGCUACUUAUUUGUACAAUGUGUUUAUAAGUGUACAUUAGGAUGACUAUGGAUUUAUGUGGAAAUAGAGUAUUUUUUUCUAUAAAUUGCUUUUUAAUAGUAUUUUAUAUUUAUUAGCUACUUGGCGUUUUAUUUUAUUUUUUUUCCUUCAAUGAAUGUAAAUGAGGCUAAGAGUUAUUGCUGUGUCAAUCUCACAGUGUUACGCUCCAGGGUUUAAACCACUUGACUUGCUAACCUGUAUGUUCAAUGCUGUUGUUCUUAGUCCUUGUUUUUUAUGUUUGUUUUCUUAUUCAUUUAAAAAGAGUCUCCUAACCUCGCAAAUUGUUAUGCAAAUGCCAAGCAGGUAUUACCUCCCAAAUAACCUUAUAUAGUAUUUAAGUUCAAAGCUUUCAAUGGCUUUUUCCCUCCAAAGGUUAAGUAAAGACCGUUUUGUGAAAAAAACCAAAAACACAUUUUUUAAAACUUCAAAGGUUUGCAAACGCUUUUGAACAUUAAAACACAUAAAAGAAGUGACAACAAAUGUAUUUAAACAUGACAUCUGCUCAUUUUUGUUUUUUACAGUAAAAAAAACAUAUCUUCAAAUAAAUCCUGCCAUUUUUUUUUUUUGUUUUUCAGAAUCCGGUUUAUUUAUUUAAUUUUUUUCAGUGUUUUCUAUGAAUUCAUUUCUAGGUUGUGCAGUCUUUGUGGUAAUGAUGACAAUUUCUCGCAUUUUUUGGGCUUUUUUGUGUCACUGCUGAAAAGCAUUUUGAAGGAGAAUAAUAACUUUUUUUUUAUUUUAUUAUUUUAUUUUUUUAGUUUUUGAAGUUUUUUUAGUUAAAACCCAUGAAAGCUUAAAAACUAGAAACAUUUGGCAGAGCCUCUGCUUCCUGUAGAGUGCAGGUGGAGAGACCAAAUCAAGUCCUCCGGGUAGGUCUAUAAGCCUCAACAUUGCUUUUGUGCUUUUAUACCCUUCAAAAGGGACUUUUUAAUUGUACUAAGCUUAAAUAAAUUCUUUAAAAUACAUUGAACAUAGUCUUCUGUUGGGACUAAUUUGCUUUGUGAUUUUUAAUUUCCAAGUACCUCCUCUCUCUAUCCUCCCUCCAACCCUUAAAUAUCUAUUUAUUGAUGUAAAUCUCUCCCCUUCUUCUAUAACUAAACUUUCAUAUUAAAUUAUGACCUGAUUUAAUGCAAAUGUCAGUCUUUUCUCACCAAUGUGCAUGAAUUUACCCGUAGAAGUGAUAAAAUGUUAAUUAUGGCCAAAUGGCCAAUGUGUGUAUGUAAAUAGAGAAUCGUGCUGGGUUACACUGGGUGAGAUGUGAUGACCUGUGUACUUAUUGCUCCCGUUGUCCCAUACGUUCCCUUCUUCCUUGUUUUUCUACAAACUCCUUUACUUUUAUUUUCCUAGACUACACUUACUUUAUUUGUAUAAUCCAUGCUAGUAUGUUUGUAUAAAUAUUGCAG